CGAGAUUCUCGAACCAUCCCGCUCUUCACCGAUUUACUUUACUAUUCUGCUUCAAAAUUUCCAAAUCGCCCUCACUCAUUCAGUCGUAUAAAAGCAACAAUAAGUCCUCUACCCCCACCAAUUCCUCUUCCUCUCUUCCUCAACGACGAUGAAAAAAAAUUUUCGCGAUUCGAAUGACACCUCAAACCUCAAAUCUUUCUCCUCCGACGAAACCUCCAUGCAAAAUCCCUUCUCCCUCCCUUUGUGGAAGAGCCUUGGAGGCGAAUCGCAUGAGGACUCCGAGAUCUUUUCAGACAUAGUUCUAAGCUACAUAAGCCAGAUUCUGAUGGAGGAGGACGGCGAUGAGAAGGUCGAUAUGCUUCAGGAGCACCCGGCACUCCUUGCCGCCGAGAAGGGGUUUCUUGAUAUUCUGUGCGAGACUCAAUCUUCUUCCUCCUCUCCUUCCUCCUCCGAUCAUCGAACGCCGACUUCGAAUCUCAGUUGUUAUAAUAGUUCGGAUGAUAGCCUUAGUCCGCAGGGUAGAGACCCGAAUGUUUCAGAUGUCUUGGGCGAAGGAACAGGACUUCGAAGCUGGCAUUACAAUAUCGGAAUCGAGCAGCCAAGUCAUUUCCUCCCCAAUCAUAACAAACUCGCCGCCGCCAGCUCUCCGGCUACAACUUCAACAACCCGCAAGAACGCCACCCACUUCUCCGACAACGAUUUGGAAGCUGAACAAGGAAGAACCUUCAAGCACUCAGCUCUCUACUUCGACUCCGACGUCCCGCCGGAGAUGUUCGACUUCCUUCUCCACAAAGACUGCAAGCAAGAAAAACCGGCCGAAGCCAACUGUAACUCCAAUGCCAACAGAAAAUCUCGCAGAAAGAAAAAGUUAGAGAAAACGGACUCAGUCGACCUCAAUUUCCUCCUCCUCCAAUGCGCCGAAGCCGUUUCAAACAACGAACUGCAUCGAGCCAACGGUCUCCUAAUUCAAAUUCGGCAAAGCUCCUCUCCCUUCGGCGACGCCGAACAAAGAAUCGCCCACUAUUUCGCCAACGGUCUCGAAGCCCGUCUGGCCGGCGGAACUGGAAGCAAGAACUACUAUUACCCCCCGACUCUUCCGUCCAUGACUGACAUGCUCAAAGCCCAUCAGCUAUACGUCGCCGCUUCCCCAUUCAAAAAAAUUUCAGAUUUUUUUGCUCAUCAGACUAUACUGAACGCCUCUGAGAAAACCGCAAAGCUUCACAUCAUCGACUUCGGCAUCUACCAUGGCUUCAUGUGGCCCUGUUUUAUGCAAAGGCUAUCAACUCUUCCUGGCGGCUCGCCACGCCUUCGCAUCACCGGCGUCGACGUCCCUCAGCCAGGCUUCCGCCCCGCAGAACGAAUCGAAGAAACCGGCCGGCGGCUGACCGACUACGCUAGGCAGUUCAAAGUUCCGUUCGAGUACCAUGCAAUUGCUUGCAACUGGGAGAAUCUGCAGCCAGAGGAUCUCUCCAUCGAACCCGACGAGGUGCUCGCCGUGAAUUGCAUGUACCGACUACGCAACCUUGCGGACGAGACGGUGUCACCGGAUAGCCCGAGGGAUCAAGUUCUGCGCACAAUCAGAAAGCUGAAUCCAAAGGUUUUCGUGCUCGGAGUAGUGAACGGAACAUACAAUGCACCGUUCUUUGUGACAAGGUUCAAGGAAGCUCUUUUCCACUUCUCUGCUCUGUUCGAUAUGCUGGAGACGAAUGUGGAGAGGGAGGAUGAGCAAAGAAGGCUGCUUGAGAAGCAUUGCUUUGAGAGGGAGAUUCUUAAUGUGGUAUCUUGUGAGGGAUUGGAGAGAGUGGAGAGGCCGGAGCCGUAUAAGCAAUGGAGGUUAAGGAAUGAGAGGGCGGGAUUGGAGCAGAUGCCACUGGAUUAUGUGAUUGUGAGGAAGGCGAAGGAGAAGGUAAAGAAAUGCUAUCAUAAGGAUUUUGUGGUGGAUGAAGAUGGUAAAUGGCUGUUGCAGGGAUGGAAGGGGAGGAUACUCUCUGCUUUGUCUGCUUGGAAAGCUAGAGAUGCUUGAAAUUUUUUUUGAUAUUCUGGAUCAAAUUUGAACGAGCCAUGAGUGUGCUCUCAUUUUAGAGUAUGUUUAGUUGAUUUUUUUCAUGGUUUAUGUAUGGUUAGAAGGUUACUGAUGCUUAACUGAAGUGUUUAUCAAAGCCUAUGUAGUGGUUAGAAUGGGGGAAGUAAGAGAAGCUAUACGCUUGUUAAUUUAUGUGAAGUAACAAUGAUUAGUGAUGGAAUUACUCUUUAAAAGUUUUAUUUGAUGUAAAAUACAUAAAUUUAUGUUAACUUUGCACUUUUUCUCUCUUGUUAA